AUGGUCACCGAGAGUCCAUCUCCAGGACAGCUUGACAGCUCCAGAAGUGGUACCCAGGGUCGUUGCUCGUCUCUAGAAAUUGAAGUGAAGCAAGAGUUCUGCCCAUCGUAUGGAAACUUGUCGCUAAUCAGCGAUCAUGAAAAAUCAGUGGCAAUGGUUUCAUCCAGUGGCACCGUGCUAUCAGAAUCCGAAGUGGACGAAUUGCUUCGGCUGGUACUUUCGAAGAAAAACGUCAUUCUGAAUGAAGCGGCCGAUGAAGAGUCGAAGAACCGUGCAUGGCGACAUGUUCACGAAAUCCUCAGUGGAAUCACUCAGACUGCACCAACUGUCGAUCAACUUAAAGAGAUUUUUCAUAGGAAACGACAUCAUAUCAGCGAUAUCGUUUUGAACUAUGCCAAAGCUGACGCCUUUACGGCACACGGAUUUGCUCGUUAUAUCCACAGCAUAGUGAAUAAAUGCCUUCCAGAAGGCUCAUUCACAGCUCGAGAACGCGAACUUGGCACUUAUAUACUGAGAAAAUCCCUUCUUCCACUUGAGACGACAUCUCCGUCGGCAAAGAAACGUCGUUUCGCUGAUGUUGCCAAUGGUGAGGACGAUGAGCAAUCAUGUCCUGGGAUUUCCACCAUUCGCCAAGAAGAAAUUGAAAAGAUCAUGAGAGCCGAACAACCGAAAGAUAACAGCUGUGGUUGCCGUUUCAAAGACGAGUGCCUCAAAAGUAGCCUUCUGGAGAUGGUAAAGGCCCAGAAGGAAUACUUCAAGAUAGCUGCUGAGGCUCAAAAAGAACAACUGCGGCUAUUUUCUUCUUUGGGAGAAGUGCUUAAUCAGGUCUCGCGCCAAAACUAUGGCACCGAUGAGAGACUAGAGGACUCCGUCAAAAAUCUGCCGAUAAGAUCUCGUAGAUUUUCUGAAAACGUGUAG